GUUCGCCCUGUGCCUCACAGCGGAAUUUGACGACGGACCACAAUGACUUCACCAGGCGCAUACGCGUUGAAAACGCCCUACUAUCUCGUUGGAAUUUAUGUUUUCUUUCUUGAAGGCAUAAAUUUUCUGGCAUUCUUGCCAUCGCCGUUCGCCAACGUUGUCGCCACACAGCUCUGGUUUCUAUCCUCAGCGCUGUUUGCGGUCUCUAUCAUUCUGUUCAUGUACCUUACAUUCACAACACUCCUUCUCGGUGCAGUCAAGUCUUUGGCCUAUUUUGUGCCAUUUCCUAAUGCGCCUGCGGUCCCGAGUGAGUGGCGAUGGGAGUUGGUUCAGGAUGUCUAUCUAUCCUUGUUCUCUUUGGGCGUUGCAUUCAACCACGCUCUGUACAGUGGCGGAUUUGGCUUAGAGUCACCAAAGGAUAUUUCCGAGCGAGUCUUUGGGCUCCUUGGUCAUGUGUGUGCUGCCCUUAUCUUGGAGGUUGAGAUCGUUGGAGGUAUGAUUGGGGUUAUCGUCCUCAGCAAAGUCGUGGUGUCCUUGUGGCCAUGGAAGGUAGAUGAAGAUCUUGAGAGAGGACCUAUGUUCAUGUCAAGUGUUUGGGAUGAAGCGAAGGAAACGGCAGUGCAGGUUGUCUUCUGGUUUUUAUUCGCUUUCUUCGUCACAUUCAUCUUUUCUACAUAUCUUUACGUUUCAGUCGACCGUUUUCACUUUGACACGAUGCAACGCAUGAUGGAACUGUGUAGCAUACGACCUCCAAGAUCAUUGGAACAAGACGUUGAGAUGGAUGACGAAUAUAAGGUUACCAUAACGCAGCCACGGGACCAUAACGACAGUAUUGUCGACAACCUCAAUAAUAUUGUCCACAUCUCAACAUCUCCGCAGCCACGGGACCGAAAGUCUUCUCAAGUUCCCCAUUUGACUACUGCAGAGGUAGAAUCGCCGGCAAAAAGGACGCAUGACCGAGACUUAGUCAUUCUCUUGUCAAAGAUGUCUUUGUCAAUCUCCAACCUGUCGCUUAUAUAUAACCGCAUCUUGUGCGAACUACACUCGGACCUUCCCUUUUGCAGGAAAAGGUCACUCACGCAUUAUGCGCUUGUCAUCUGCGGGACAGCGUCCUCAAGGUCAACAAUUUUAAGUUUAAUGAUCCCGUUUCGAUCCUUGGCUUCUGACGCUUAUAUACCUCAAUGUCAGCACCUCACUGCCGGGUCUCUUCUUCGCGCAGAGUCGCCAGUCGCGGUGGGCGUCGUCGCUUUUCAAAGGCGACUUUAUACUACUAAGUGGGACCUGAACGCAGUUCAGUAUUUGUCAAUGCAUUCAAUAAGCGCAGCGGAAUUCUCUUUGAGAGACGCUCUAUCUCGAUGGGGUCCUGGACUACGAGUGGAAUCCAUUUCUAUCUUCGGUCGAACCCAUAAGGUCCUGCCAGGGGCGAUUGAAUCCCCCCAACAAACCAAAGACCAGGAUAAAAUGACAUACUUCACUCGCCUUGCAAUCGCUCUUACUCUAGCCGCGACCUUGGUGAACGCAGCCCCCGCCAUGGAGGAAAGAGGCGAAGUCAUCCCCAUGUCGACUUUGACCUUCACCAGGAUCGAGUGGACGCUCAUCCCAACGAGCCCGUACCUGACAACGACUGAGUUUCCGUUUACUGUCACACAAUUUUCAACUGUUGAAAAUGCGCAAGCGACACCGUCGGCGUAGUGGUAUUGAUGAGAUUUACAUACCUGUUAUGUUAUGGUGAUGCCUCGCUGUCUCCUCAGGCCUUCCUUCCUUCCUUAGUUACCCUUCUUACUUCGCUUCUCUGUCUUUCUCCUUCGACUAGUAGUAUCUACACAUCGCAGUCAUUUGGCUCAUGGUCAAUCCUAGCUUCAACAUACUAGGACUUUGUAGAAUGUUCUUAUACCCAGAGCGAAGGAGUAUAUCGUUAAUUAGUCAAUCUUACCUUUGCUUUACGCACUGGCAUCAUCAUCUGUC